CAAGGUUGGCUACACAAAGUUAAGGUCCUUGCUCGGCUUGUUUAUCUUUUUACCACCGAAUAUCUAAUAUUUAUUGAUUUUCCAUGUGAAAUUAACGGUAGAGAUCACCGUCUCAUGUAUCCUCCUUUACUCAAAUGACUAAUAAGUCGAACUCAAAUGCUGCUGCGGGUUCGCUUAUCUUGAUGUAGCCCUUCAGAGAAGGAUACUUUCGACUUAUAUUUCAAUUGCUGUGAUCAUUAAAUUGUGUUCUGCAAGAUGAUGUGGGACGAGCCUAUGUUUGAGGCGGUUUGCCGUCUCUGUGCAGGCUCUGAAGAUGUUUGCAUCCCUAUAUUCAGCAAGGAUGGUGAUACAAGACUUUCAGAGAAAAUCAAAAGAUGCUUACCGAUGAUCUCGGUAUCGCAGGCUGAUGAAAAACCAAAGCAGCUGUGUUACCAUUGCCUGUCAAAGCUGGAGUUGUGUUUUGAGCUGGUUGAAUGCAGCUUGGCGUCAGACUACAAGUUUGACUCAAUAAUCCACUCUCAAAACGGCAACUUUAUGUGCACGGAAGCCACUCAAAAGCUGAUGAUGCCAGUGCUGCAGGACGAAGAAGACAAGAACAUCCCUAUGCAGGCUAUGCCAACCGCUUUGGAGGUGAGCUCGUUGAUAGAGCAGGACAACAUGUGGACUUUAAUGCGAGAGGCAGCCGAGGAGCUGCAAAAUCCCGCCUCCCAAAACUCGCUGGGCAACGUGAGUCCAUCGCCUCUUGAGCAGCAUCAGCAGGCGCAAGCCACGGUCACCCUUGAGCAUGUGGCUCUACACUCAGACCAAAUUCAAUCGGAUAGAUUGAUUGUGCUUGGAAAGGUGGAGGCCAGGGAAGACAGCAGAGGGAAUGAACUUGGAUUAGUAAAUGGCAGAAAUGCACCAGACGGUUGUGCAGACAUCUUGCUAAUGGUGGAGUUGAAGUACAAAGACUUGCUGGGUGGUGAAGCUAACGGGAAAGUUCCAACGAUCACCUACACAAGUCAAACCUCGGCUGUUUUAAACCCCAUUAAGAUAACUCAGGACCAAGAAGAAGAGGAGACAGUAGUGGAACUGGUGUCUCCUGAUCAAAGCACUGAUGCCCUCGUGUCUGCUCACCUUGCUCACCCAAUUGACCAGAGCGUGAGCGAGGGCAUUAAGUACCAGCAGAAGGCACCCAAGGCCAAGCCCCAAGAGAAAUUCCCCUGUGACAUUUGCAAGAAGCUGUUCGUGCGUCGCGCAAACCUCAAGGUCCACAUGGCCGCCCACUCAGACAUCCGGCCUUUCUCCUGUGACAUCUGCGCCCAAAGGUUCCCUUCACAGUGGGCCGUCACCCUGCAUAAAAGACUGCACAGUGGCGACUUCUGCUGCGAGUUUUGCGGCAAGAAGUUUUCUGUCAAGGGCAAGCUGGAGCGCCAUCGCCGCAUCCACACUGGGGAGAAGCCGUUUGUGUGCCCAAAAUGCUCCAAGGCUUUCUCGGACAAGCGGAACCUGCAGUCACACAUGCGGUGUCACACGGACGAGCGGCCAUACUCAUGCGACGUGUGCCACAAGGCAUUCCGCGCCAAGUCGCACCUGAUUGACCACAACCGUGUGCACACAAUCGACAAGCCCUUCAUCUGCCACAUUUGCGGAAAGAGUUUCAAGUGGAAGCCGACCCUGAACCUGCACCUAAAGUGCCACGCUGGCGAGGUCUUCACAUGCAACACAUGCGGCAAGAACUUCUCGCGCCGUACUGACCUGAAGAAGCACGUGCUGUGCCACACGCUCGACCGGCCCUUCAAGUGUGACGAGUGCGACAAGGGCUUCAAGGACUCCAAGUCGCUGCGCAAGCACGUCAAGAACCACGCUGACGGUGCCGUUGCUGGCCUCCACAAGUGCGUCAAGUGCGAAAAGAGCUUCCGCUCGCGCUGGCACCUGCAGAACCACUUUGCCAGCCACUACAAGAUGCCGUUCCACUGCGAGGUGUGCGGGGAGUACUUUGAAAGCAAGCCCAACUUUGUUUACCACCUCAAGUCGCACGACAUGCAAGAGUUCGCCGUGAAAGAGAACAACGCCACAACCUCAAUGGUAAAUCUGUAAUAUUGAUAAUUGUGAAAAGUAUUUUGGCUGUUCAAGUAUAUAAAUAUUAUUACUGUAUGAUAAUUGAUUGUGAUACAAGUACUACAACAACAAAACAAACUGCUGUUAUUUGAUCAUUUUUUUGAUUUUGUGUUCAUUUUUCUGUAGAAUCUCGACUUUCUCUAAAAGCGGAUUUUUAGACAACCAUUUUAUUAUAAAGAACGAUGAAAAUGUAUAUUGUUAAUUAGUGUUACAACCAUGUGAUUAGAGCCCAUAUCAGGGAUGUAAUUACCAAAGAUGGUGUCAUCUUCAGCUUGCAACUCUCAUUAUUUCACCUGACAUCCAUCAUUUUUUCAUCACAAACAAAACGCAUUUCUUGAGUUAGCUUGAGGGUUGACACAACUAACCCAACGCACCUCCUUCAUCCUCAUUAAAUUAAAUAAAUUAGUUGUAGUCUCCUGGACUUUGUGCUGUUAAUAAUGCAGAAAAUCCUCCACAUCUCUUAUUUUUGAGAUUUUUCAGGGCAACUUGAAAAUUUGCAUUUACGACUUUUCUGCAAAGGGCCAAGUUUCAACGAAUCAAGCAAUAUUUAAUUUUGCUUAUCCCACUUUUAAUCAAAAUGGAAAUUUUUAACCUCAUUAUAUUGAUUUGUCAAAGUCAUUUUCUAUUUUGCUGAUGUAUUCCAGUAACGGGUAUUCAUGUUUCAACAUAAUCGUGAUGGUGAUUGAUGUUUCAAAAAGAAAAGUGAAUAAUGCAACAACAACAAACCUCUCAUAGAUCUGCUGUGUAUAAAUGUUUUUAAGAUUGUAUUAGUUGGUAAGGUGUUGUAAAGGAAUUAGUUAAUCUGGAUUUUCUCUCACCUCGUAGGUAAUUAUUAUUUUUUGAUGAACGGUUUCAGCUAACAUCGAGUGCACGUUAAGUUGCACGGGAAAAGUAAAAACAUCAACUUCUUUCUCACUUAAUGAGGAAUUUGGAAGAAUGAAACGAUUUUUAGCGUGUUUUUCACUUUUAACCACGUAGUGAGCGGACUUGAUUCUCUUUGAUGUGUAUCGAUUGUGAUGAUGUUCUUACCGAAAUAUGAAAUUUCUACAAUAUAUUUAUUGAAAACAAAAACUGACUGUCCCCGCGGCAAAAAUAUGAUAUAAAUUGAUUGAUGCGCUGUUGCUACUGAAUUGAAUCCUAAAUUAUGAUUGUGAAUAUAUUUCAGACUGCUUUUUCAGUGAUAAAACGACUACAACUAAAAUGAAUUAAAUGACAUUUGUAUUUUAUUCUGAUUAAAAUGAAAAAAAAAUAAAGCUUAGCUGUGCCAGUAAAUUUAAUGUCGAUAUAACCACGGAGAGGUGGUUUUCGCGUAGAGAGCAAACUGCUUAUCUCUUUAAGGAAUUGAAGGCGGAAAUUUUGAUCGCCGCGCUCUUUUAAGCAUAAUUAGUUACUUAGAGCUUUCCUUUUGACGAAGUCGUUGUAAGAUAGCAUGAUGCAUGCGUCGUAUUUUAUUACAAACUAGGCGAUUAAGAUGAUUACAUACAAAUGUGACUAGUGAUAUCAAGCAUCUUUCAAGCAAUCUGUAUGAAGCGAUCUUUGAAGAUUAACAUUGAAUUAAUUGGCAAAAUGUGUACAUCAAUAUGUAAUAAAUCGGUCAUAAAUUAA